AUGCCCUGCAUCCAUCUACUCCCCUUCUUACUCGACAUUCUGUUCUUGCAGAUUGAUGGAUUUCCGGUUACUCUGCCAACGUUGUCCCAUCUAGCUGUGCCAGAGUCGUCGAGGUGCUGGGCCCAUGAAUCAGGCCUACAGACAUACCGUCCCAUUCAACUGCUGUUGUCGUCUUUGCGGCAACGUCUGCUUUGUCGGGAGCUGAACUGCCGAGUUGUCUAUGCGUCGACUUGGCCUCUGCUCCUUGAACCCAUCGCUCUCUGGGCUCAGCAGGUGAUGUUCACUGCAGGCGCUCGAAACAUCACUGCGCCUGCCCAGGGCCAGGAUAGUACGUCUUUAGCCUCUGUUGCAACAUCUCUUCUCGUCAAUAUUCGCUGA